AUGCAUUCGCAAUUCCCCGCCCUCCUGGCGCGCGCGCCGCGCAAUUUUCCAGCGGGUGCCACUGGCGUCGCCAUGACCUUUUGCGCCCCUAUGAAGAAGGCGAAGGCCCAGCCCGAGCGCGCCGCCCUCGACCGCGGGGAGCUGAAACGGACGCCCAGUUCCUUGAGAUUCGAGCUGAAUGGCCACGCUAUCUAUGAUUUCGACACGCGCAAGGAAGCGAACCACUUCGCAGUCGACUGGCGCGAAGAGGACGCGAAAGAGUUCGACGCCAGGGGCCAGCUGGCAGCGACGCGCAUGGCUUCCAAGGAGGGCAAUAAGGGGGCGCUGCGGUCGGGUCACUCGCGGGAGAUCGAGGGCAGCGCCACUGUUCUGGGCAGCUUCGUGGACGAAUGCUACUGCAAUAUCGCCGCGGCCAAGCAGGCGCACACCGUGGACGCGAAGAGCUGCCCGCUCUCCAGGGGCAGCUUGCCGACGCGAAGGGCAGAGUUGAUCUGCAAACGCAAGCGCUACAAUGAUACUGCGUCUCUUCCUCAUGACAGGAGGUCGAGGGCAAACGUGGGCACGCUGGUGGCGACCCAUGCGCUCACCUACUCCCAGGCCCGUUCGCUCCUGGGCGACGCCCACGCCGGAGGCCCCCGAGGAGUGGGCCGCUUGAUCGGCCGCCGAGGAGCGGGCGCGGAGGACGUCAGCAAGCGGGCAAACGUCGGUAGCAAUGCAUCCAGGAGGCUGCGGAGGCGAUUUCUUCGAGGCAGUUUGCGGCCUGGGGCGUACUUCGCAGAGGUCUGUUGUUGGAGCAAGAGGCGCAGCUGCGAGCAGCAGGAGUGGGUCGCUGUCGGCUUGCCGCGCGAAUACUUUGCCCAGCUGGCGCAAUGCGGCGCGUUGGGAAAUCUCGGGGACAUCAGCGAUCUGGAAUAUAGUUCGGAAGAGUCAUGUGCAGCGCUGCCUCUCGUCCUCUCGGCAAUGCAAGUCGGUUCGAUGAUUCCCGCGGGUCUGCGGGCCAGCGGCGUCCCGUGCCAGCGGGGCCGCGACCAGUCAGUAGAGAUCGCGCGCUUAAGCUUGCCAGGGCUGCCCAUAGCGAUGGAGGCGCGCAAGCUACGCGCGCCAAUCACUGGGCCGAUGAAGGCUUCCAUGAGCACGAACACGCGGCAUGACAUGUUCAGUGUGAUUCCCGGGCGUUUUCUACCCAUGGCUACAGGUAACUACCCUGCAGCCCGCCACGACGGCAGAGCUCGGUUGAAGUCUGACUUUCGCAGGGGCAGGAGGGCAGGUGCUGAUCUGGGCCACAGGUCUGCGCUGGCGCAGACGCGCGCAGAUUGGGAGCGCCGGAAACAAGUGACCGGGUUCCCGCAGUUCAGCGAGAAGGCGGGGCGCUGCUUGAGGCUCAGCCUGCAAUGCGCCGCCCUGCGCGGCGUGCGCCCCAGAGUGUACGACAUGGAAACGAAGUUUCAUACAUUGUUCGAGAUGGACUUAGAAGUCCUGCAGGGGCAUCAGCCCGAGACGCGCUGGACUUACAAAGACGAGGACUUCGGUGGCGCGGGCGCUCGCUCCGCCGAGCGUUUCGGCAGCGUGCUCACGCCCGAAGAUGUGGCGGAGCCGCGGAACGAAGACGCGCCCGCGGCCGAGAAGCUGGUCGUGGAGCGCCCGGCGAUCGCGGCGGAGGCGCGCGCGGCCCAGGGCGGCGGGAGGGGCGGGCAG